UUGAUAAGAUAAUGGACUCAGAGAAUACCACAAAAAUGGACGCCAUGGCUGAUAAUCUGCCUAAGAAGCUUCACAUAGCCAUGUUCCCAUGGCUUGCCUUCGGUCACAUAAUCCCGUUCUUAGAGCUCAGCAAGCACAUAGCUCGAAAGGGUCAUCAUAUUUCAUUCAUUUCUACUCCUAGAAACAUUGAACGCCUCCCAAAGAUCCCUCUAGAUCUAGUAUCUUUCAUAACUUUUGUGAAGUUGCCCUUGCCCCAUGUACAGAACCUCCCAGAAAACGCAGAGGCCACCAUGGACGUACCACAUCACAUAAUUCCAUAUCUUAAAAUAGCUUACGAUAAUCUCCAGGAACCUUUAUCUCGUUUCUUAGAAGCCUCCACUCCCGAUUGGAUUGUAUGUGACUUUGCCCCCCAUUGGUUACCACCAAUUGCUCUUAAGCUAUGCAUCUCACGGGCGUUCUUCAGUGUUUUCAGUGCAUCAUGUAUAGGUUUCCUUGGACCACCAGCAGAGUCGAGUGUGAUGGAAGAUGCUAUAUAUCCAAAGGGGACGAGGAUGGAGCCAGAGCGUUUAACUGUAACUCCCAAAUGGGUUCCCUUUCCAACAAAAGUUGCGUUUCCGCUCUUUAUGGCAAAGAAAAUGGCGCUUGGCUUAUAUGAAGCAAAUGCUUCUGGUAUUUCCGAUUGGUUUCGUCAGAGUAAAGUGGUGUUAGGCACCGAAGUCAUGGCUGUUAAAUCUUGCAUGGAGGUCGAAGGUGAGUGGUUGAAACUUAUCGGAAAACUUUAUAAUUUACCUAUAAUUCCAGUGGGCUUAUUGCCACCGUCGGCGGAAGAUCAAGGCGGACAUGACGAACACAAGGAUAGCACUUGGGGAAGCAUUGUUGAGUGGUUAGACAAGCAAGAGAAAGGGUCAGUGGUUUACGUUGCAUUUGGAAGUGAGACCAAACCAAGUCAAGAAGACUUCAAGGAGUUGGCUCUUGGGCUAGAUCAAUCGGGUUUGCCUUUCUUUCUUGUUCUAAGAAAGCACAAUAGCCAAGAAAAUGGAGAAGACUUGGAUGAUCAGAAUAUUCCUGAAGGAUUUGAGGAACGAACCAGAGAUCGUGGGGUUCUUUGGAAGGGUUGGGCCCCUCAAGUCAAGAUAUUAGGUCACGAGUCAGUUGGGGGUUACUUUACACACUGUGGUUGGAGUUCAGUCACAGAGGCAUUCCAGUUUGGACGUCCACUUAUUAUGUUGCCCAUUUUUGGGGACCAAGUACUGAAUGCUAAGCUUUUAGAGGAGAUGCAGACAGGAGCAGAGGUACCCAGAAAUGAGCAAGACGGGUCGUUUAGCAGGGAGUCUGUGGCCAAAACGCUAAGGUUGGUGAUGAAGGAUGCACAGGGACAGAUUUACAGGGAUAAAGCUAAGGAGAUGAUGACAAGUUUUGGAGACAAGCAACUCCAGUACCGAUAUGUAGACAAAUUCGUUGAGUUUCUUGAGAAACAUGGACAGGCUUGUGGUGAUCGCUAAUACCAAGGGUGGUUAGAAAGCGAGUAAAGUACAGUAAAAUUUGCCUCAAAGUUACUUAAUUGAGGAGUAAUUUAAGUUGA